AUGAUAAUUAGUUGUAUUCCUUUUAUUUCAACAGUAACACCAAUUACUGCAGUUAUUCCAAUUAUUAUUGUUCUUUGUGUUUCAGCAAUAAGAGAAAUUAUCGAAGAUUUAAAAAGACAUCGUUCAGAUAAAGAAUUUAAUAAUAAAAAGUUUAGUACUAUUACUGAUGGAAUAGAGACUAUUAGAUCGUCCAAAAGUAUUGUUGUUGGGGAUUUAGUUAUUUUAACUAAGAAUGAAAUUAUACCUUGUGAUUGUGUACCUAUUUAUUCGUCUUUACCUGAUGGUAUUUGUAAAGUAGAAACGGCUGCAUUAGAUGGAGAAACAUCAUUAAAAACAGUUUAUGUACCUAAACAAUUAUCUAAAAGUUCAGAAAAUUCAGCACUUGAUUUUAAAGGGAUGUUAGAGUGUGGAUUUCCUACAUCAAAUUUUAAUGAUUUUAAAGGUUGUUUUAAGUUUAAUGGAGAGAAUAUAAUAACAUUAGACUCAAAAAACCUUUUAUUACAAGGUUCUGUUUUAAGAAAAACUGAUAAAGUUAUUGCUGUAGUAUGUUAUACAGGAAAAUAUACUAAACAAUCAUUAAAUUCUUCAAAACCAAUAAAUAAGAAUUCAACAUUAGAUCACCGUUUAAAUCAAUUUGUUCUUUCUACUGUUUUCUUCCAAUUAAUCCUUUGUAGUAUUAUGGCAGGAUUUGCUAGUUGGAAAUAUAAAAAUGUAAUACAAGAUGAAGGGUAUUGGUACCUUCAUUCAAUUGACCCACAAUGGUCUACAAUGACUUAUUCAAUAAAAAAGUUCUUUGGAUAUUUUAAUUUAAUAUCAUAUACUAUUCCAAUAUCAGUUGGAGUUACAAUAGAGGUAUGUAGAUUUAUUCAAGGAAAUAUUAUGGAAAUGGAUGAUGACUUUAAAAUUAAAGAAUUUGAUUCUGAAGGUACAGAAAAAGCUGUUGGAAUGAAAACAAAUAAUUGUUCAAUGAUUGAAGAAAUGGGAGGAGUUCAGUAUAUUUUAAGUGAUAAAACAGGAACAUUAACUGAGAACAAAAUGCGGUUUAGUAAGUGUAGUAUUUAUGGUGAAAUAUAUCAUAAUGUUCUAAGAGGGAGUAUUCAAACAAGAAUUGUAGAUAAUCCAAAGUUACUUGAUUUUCUUUAUUGUUUAUCUCUAUGUAAUUCAUGUACCAUAGAACAUUCAGAUAUUGGAGAUUAUAAUUAUUCUUCAUUUUCUCCUGAUGAAGAAACACUUUGUGAUGCCUCAAAGAAGAAUGGAGUAAUUUUACAAGAACAUACUCAAGAAUAUAUUUCAUUAGAUGUACUAGGAGAACAUCAACAAUUCAAAUUAAUAUGUCAAAUAGAGUUUACAAGUUCAAGAAAAAGAAUGAGUGUUUUAGUAGAACGAGAUGGGUUAUAUAUUUUAUAUUGUAAAGGAGCUGAUAAUGUAAUAACCCAACUGUUAGAUGAUAGUUCAAAAGAACUUGUCAAAAUAUCACAAAUUCAUGCUAAUAAUUUUGCAAGUGAAGGAUUAAGAACACUUUUUAUUGCAAGAAGAAUUUUUACUUCAGAAGAAAUUCUUCAAUGGAAACAAAAGUUUGAUUCAAUUGAUCCAUUAGCAAAUGACAUCAAACACCAACAAAUGAAAUUAUAUGAACAACUUGAAAAUCAUUUAGAAUUAAUUGGUGUAACUGCUAUUGAAGACCAACUACAAGAAGAUGUUCCAUCAACUAUUUCAAUGCUAAGAGAAGCUGGACUUAAAAUAUGGGUAAUUACUGGUGAUAAAAUGGAAACAGCUAUUAGUGUUGGAUUGAAUUGUAAAUUAUUUAUUUCUGGUCAAAAGAUGAUAUAUUUUAAUCAUACUUCUGAACUUGAAUUUGUUGAACAUUUAGAUCAAGAAUUAGAAGAAUUGUAUGGUUCUAAAGAAAUAAAAGAUAAUUUUUUAAAUCAAAAUCAACCACUUGGCAUUGUUAUUCAUGAAAAUAAUAUCGAUUGGUUUAUUAAACAUCAAAAAAAAUUUAGUUCUCUUGCUAUAAAAGCAGAGAGUGUUAUUUGUUGUAGAGUAAGUCCUAAACAAAAAGCAGAUAUUGCUUUAUGUGUAAAACAAAUGACAAAAACAAAAUGUCUUACAAUUGGAGAUGGUGCAAAUGAUGUUCCAAUGCUUACUCAUGGGGAUGUUGGUGUUGGGAUAUAUGGUAAAGAAGGCAAUCAAGCUGCUAUUACAGCAGAUUUUGCUAUUAGAAGAUUCAAACAUUUAACUAAAUUAAUUUUAUUUUAUGGAAGAAAUGGCAAAUACCAAAUUACUACUCUUAUCAAGUUUUGUUUUUAUAAGAAUGCUGCAUUCUUUCUUAUGGAUAUUUGGUUUGCUACAAUAUCCAAUUUUACUUGUCAAAUUAUCUAUGAUGAUUGGGUUAUGACUUGUUUUAAUACAUUUUUUACUUCACUACCACCAGCUGCUAUUGCCUUAUUUGAUUAUGAACUUCCUUGGGAAACAAUUAAAUUGUAUCCAAAAUCUCAUAGAGAAACAUUCACUGAUAAACAAUACAAAAUUAAGUCUUUUGUUGAAUGGUAUUUGUAUGGUGGACUUCAGUCAAUUCUCUUUUUUGUUAUAUUUUAUUUCAUUAUUGCCCCAUCAGAUGUGACAAGUUUUGAUGGAAAAGUAAAUGGAUUUACUUUCACAGUUGUUACAGUUACAACAUACAGUCUUUUCUCGAUUUAUUUAACUAUGUUCAUUUAUACAAAGCGGGUUGGAAAUACAAUUAUAUUAUCCUUCUUAGGGAGUAUUUUAUUAUACAUUAUUCUUUACACUAUCAUUAUGUUUGUCCCUGGAAUGUCAGUGAGAAAUAUAUCUUAUUGGGGGUGGUUGUUUACAUUGAAACAACCACUCUUUUAUUUAAUGAUUAUUAUUUCUAUGGUCAUCACUGUCUUCCCUCAAAUUGUAUCAAUUUAUUUCCAAAGAAGAAUAAAACCAACCAAUACACAAUUACUUCAAGAAUAUUAUUUUAAUAAAAAAGGAAAGUAUGUACAUGUAAAUGAGGCUCAAUCACCUUCAAUAGAUAACCAAACCUCAAGCGUUUCAAUAACAAGUUGUGACCAAGAAUUAGAUGUAUUUGUUGACUCUACAAUGUAUACUCGAACAAAUCCAACUGCUUUAAUCAAUGAAGAAAAUGAGUAA